AUGAGCCGCUCGGGGACUUGGGACAUGGAUGGACUGCGGGCGGACGGCGGGGCCGCUGGGGCGGCACCGGCCUCCUCCUCCUCCUCCUCCUCGGUGGCGGCGCCUGGCCAGUGUCGCGGCUUCCUGUCGGCGCCGGUGUUCGCGGGGACACAUUCCGGACGCGCGGCGGCGGCGGCGGCAGCAGCGGCGGCGGCGGCGGCGGCAGCAUCCAGCUUCGCGUACCCAGGGACCUCUGAGCGCACAGGCUCCUCGUCGUCAUCGUCAUCCUCGGCUGUGAUCGCCACUCGCCCCGAGGCUCCAGUGGCCAAAGAGUGUCCCGCGCCAGCGACCGCCGCUACCGCUGCAGCACCGCCGGGCGCUCCCGCGCUGGGCUAUGGCUACCACUUCGGCAACGGUUACUACAGCUGCCGUAUGUCGCACGGCGUGGGCUUACAGCAGAACGCUCUCAAGUCGUCCCCGCACGCUUCUCUCGGAGGUUUCCCGGUGGAGAAGUACAUGGACGUGUCGGGUCUGGCGAGCAGCAGCGUACCGACCAACGAGGUGCCCGCGCGAGCCAAGGAAGUGUCCUUCUACCAGGGCUACACAAGUCCCUAUCAGCACGUGCCUGGUUACAUCGACAUGGUGUCCACUUUUGGAUCCGGGGAACCUCGGCACGAGGCGUACAUCUCCAUGGAGGGCUACCAGUCCUGGACGCUAGCCAACGGGUGGAACAGCCAGGUGUAUUGUGCCAAGGACCAGCCGCAGGGGUCCCAUUUUUGGAAAUCAUCCUUUCCAGGGGAUGUGGCUUUAAACCAGCCGGACAUGUGCGUCUACCGACGGGGAAGGAAGAAAAGGGUACCUUACACCAAACUGCAGCUCAAAGAACUGGAGAAUGAGUAUGCCAUUAACAAGUUCAUUAACAAGGACAAGCGGCGGCGGAUCUCAGCUGCCACGAACCUAUCCGAGAGACAAGUAACCAUUUGGUUUCAGAAUCGAAGAGUGAAGGACAAGAAAAUCGUCUCCAAGCUCAAAGACACUGUCUCCUGAUGUGGGCCAGGUUGGCCACAGACAGUUUAAAUGCGUUCAGUUGUCUCCAAAAAUACCUUUGAAAAGACUUGAAAAUGUAUUUAAUUUCCCUCCCCCUUCCCUGCCUAGAAAGGCAAGCGUUGUGAAUCGUUUUUUUUCCCCCCUCCCUCUCUCUUUCUUGACCUUUAUCUGGUUCUAAAACUUUUUGCUGCCCAAUCCAACUUUGUAAUUCUAUUUCUUACUUGCUUAUUAUUGGUUUUGUUCUUGUCUAGGCAUGUUUUUUUUAUAUAAUUUUUAAACGUUGUUUCUCCCUCCAGGCCAGUAUGAGAAAAAACAAACAAACAAACAAACUUGAAGUAUUUUUUCAAUAAUCCCCCCAAAUGAAUUUCAGAAGUGCCCUUGGAUUUAGGGAUUUAUUUUUUUAACAGGAUUUUAUAUGUGUUUCCAGCACUGAUUAUGCUUAUAAUCCAUUAGGUCAGAAUCGUGUUUUUAGCCUUUCAUACCCUGUGAUUGUGUAAUUGAAUCGUUAGUGCUCAGAAGUUCCCCCAAGGCAAGUGGAAACAGCUCUUGGGCAUUUGGUGAUUUAGGAUCGAUGGGAGAAUCUGAAACUUGGAGGCUGAAGGCACAGGAUGACUUUAAAAGCAACUACCCUAUUAAUAUUGAAAUUAAGACAAUCUUCCUUAUCUUUGGCAGUGCUGUUUCAUGUGGUUUUAACCUGCCUUGUAGCUGUGAUCUUUUUAACCUGAAAACAGCAUUCCUAGUGGAUAGCUCCAUUUCUCCAACUCUACAUGCAGCUAUCAAAAUACUUACACUUGGCAGAGUGACUGGAGAUGGUACGAAUUCAUCCCUUUCCUUGGGUCUGUGGGAAUGGAGCUAAGGUCGGCUCCUCAAUCCUUGGAAAGAGACUCAGCCAAUGUGGUCAUGGGUGGGAACUUCUGUCCAGAGCUCAGUGAAGAAGUUAAUUGUCUGAAUGCAUGGGCCUCUCAAAGCUUUAAAAUAUCUAACACAUUUUAAAAAUAUGGAGCUCUAAGGACCAAGAGGAAAAAAGAUGCUUCUGAAAGUGAUGAACUACUUUCAAAAAUGUUGCGUUUUUAUGCGACUGAAAGAUUAUUUUUGUAGAUGUAAUGUGUGUGAGCAGUGCUUCGAGCAUUUAAAAAUCACAAUUUACUCCUAGGGAGAUAUAAAUAAAAAGAACUCUCUUGUCUCCACUGAGUCUUCAUCCACUUGUGUUUUUCAAGCUUGUGCUGCCUCUAGAAGCUGUUCUUAUUUAUUAUAAAAUUUUGUUCUCCUCAACAUCUGUAGAUGAAGGGAACAACACCAGUUGUUUCUGAAACUUCCAUUUCUGUUCUCCAUUUCUGUCCACCUCCUUCUAACACAGAUAGUGAUGUUUAAAAUGAGGAUAUCAUCUGUGAUGUCUAAAAUCAUCAUUUUAAAACCAGACCAACUCAUUAAAAUCAAUAAAUUUAAUUUCUUUCAAUAUUA